CCCCGUGCGGGUGCGGGCUGCUGCCAGCCGGGCAGCCCGUCACCGCUCCGUGCCUUUCAGGCCCUGGUCUACCUGGACGUGAGGGAGUGCGGCGAAAGCGUCCUGCAGAUCCUUUCAAGGCACCUGUGGAGCGAGUGCCCGGAGAUGCGCCGCCAAGUGCUGAGAGGCCUGGUGGUGCUCAGCCAGGAUGCCGUGAUGGCCAAAAGAAUGUGCAGCCUGACUGAAAGCCUCGUGCAGCUCCUGUGGGACGCAGAUGGAGAGCUGCUCAGGAGGACUGUCAGCGUCCUCGGCUUUCUGUUCUCCGACAAAGACAUCCAGCUCUCCAGCCCCACCGCCCUGCAGCUGGCUGAGGCGCUGCAGCCGCUCUUCGACAACGCUGACAGCAGUGUGCAGCUGUCCUCCAUCCUCCUCUUCCGUGGGGUGAUGACAAUGGUCGAGAAAAAGGGAAAAAAGCCCCUGAAGCCACACGUACGCCAGAGCCUGCUUCCACUCUUCUUCCACUGCCAUGAUGAGAACCAGAGAGUGGCAGAGGCCUCUGGGGAAGCGCUGCUCUGUGUGGCCGGCUUAGUGAAGAGGAGGGAUCUCGAGAAGAUCGUGAAGAAGAAGGAGCUGUGGAGGUUCAGCGAGUGCCUGCUGGAAAAGGAGCGGAGCCGAGUGGCCGAGUACCUGCGCCAGGCCCUUCCAUACCUGGAGAGCCCACAGGAGCCCCUGCGAGAGGCGGCCGUCAGGUUCACAGGGAUGGCCGGGAGGUAUAUGCAGGGACAGCCUGAAGAGCUGCAGGACAUCAUGGACACCCUUGAGGGUAUGAGGAAUGACAGCAGCCCCAGCGUCUCGAGCCUGGCGCUUCAGAGCUUCUGUGUCCUCGAAGCUGUCCAGAGAGCUCCAUCCUGCUGAUGGCCGCAGCUGCGAGAGUGGCUCUGCAGGGCCUGCAAGAGCUGGCCUGCUCUGCGGGGCAGUUUCUGCCUGUGCUGCCAGCGCUCUGUGGAGGGUUGAGCUGGGAAGCUGUGUCUGCUGGGGCCACGUGAGCCUGCGAGGAAGACCCCUGCUCUGCAAGCACUUUCCUCUACCCCAACGUGGGACUAUAAAAUU